AAACACACCCUUAGGCGUCACAUUGUGACACGCUGACAGCCGGAGCUCGGCAUUGGCAUUGAAGACGACAUGGACAUGGAUGGAUGGAAGCGAUACAGUGCAGGCCCCCGACACUAGUGCCACAAGUUUCUUCUCCCGGUGUCCACACCUGCAUCUGCACUGACUGGCGUACAUGGAUGGCCCACGCAUGCAGGGUAACCUUUUUGUCAACUCAAACCGUGCAGACUUGCAAAAAAAAUGCGAGCAAAUUGCAAACAAAUUUGCAAUGCAUGUGAGAAGGAAGGAAUUGGCCAAAGCAGAAUUGCAGGAAAAGGUCUCACCGGCUGCCAUUGCAAAUUCCAUGCAAAACCUUCCUUCCCCCUUUCAAACGCAGAGCCCGCCCACAGCCCACUUUGCAUGCUUCACUUUCACACCACCACUGCCUUUAGGCUGUGUUCAGAGGUUGAUGUUGGGUGCUAAUUUCUCACGCACGUAGAAUGGAAUGAUUCAUUAAAGCAUGAUUAAUUAAGUAUUAACUCUUUUUUAAAAAAAAUUAAUUAACAUGAUUUUAAAACAAUUUUCAUAUAAAACUUUUCUUUAAAAAAGAAAAAAACACACCAUAUAGCAGUUUGGUAAGCAUGCACUUGGAGAACGAGAGAUGUGAGUUGGGAACAUCAAUGGAGCAUUGAAGGACUCUGGCUUACUACAGUAUAGUAUAUGAGAGUAGCAAAAUGGCAUGUACAACUACUAUAAAGCACGACCAUCAAGGUCAAUGUAUGCAUUCUUCCUACCUCAAUCUUUUUAAUAAAGUUCCACCAUGGAUUGAAGAAUGUAUAAUGCAUGCUCCACACUCCAUUGAAGGAUUUUUCCGCUCUCCUAUUUGUCAAGGAGGUUCAAAUUCAGUUCAUACCCAUGCAUGCAACCUUUUUCUCACUCCACCCCAUUUAUUAUAUCAUUGCAAUAGUGAAGCUAUGAACUACAGUGUUCAUAUAUGGCACAGGCAGGUAAACAGUGUCAGUCCCAACCUUAUCACAAUACACACAAAUAUGAUAGUCCUACUACUAACUGUAAUAAAACAGUAUGAGCAAAUACUCUAGGAGUAUUUCAAAUGUCAAACGGUAAAAAUUUCACUCAGGCCGAGUUUAGAUCCAAACUUUUUCUUCAAACUUUCAAUUUUUCUAUCACAUCAAAACUUUUCUACACACACAAACUUUCAACUUUUCCGUCACAUCGUUCCAAUUUCAACCAAACUUCCAAUUUUGACGUGAACUAAACACACCCUCACUCCAAAGAUCCAAGGGGACAGACAAAACACAAAAGUGCAACAGCAUCAGCAGCAGUAGAAGUAGAAGUAGAAGAAGAAGAUAACCACUGCAACAGUUGAUCACCUUUCUACCACUAGCAGUAAAAUCUUUGCAAAAUUCCAUCCAUUUCUUCAUCUAAUCAAGCUGCUGCUACCUCCAUAGCCAUACCUUUCUUCUUCCUCCUUUUGCUUUUCUUUCUCUCUUUCUUUCUUUCUUUUUCCCUCCAACUGCAGUUCAAAUCGAAUCAAGAACGGAGGCAAGAAGAAGAUAUAAUAGCAGCAGCAUUGCGAAGCUGAUGCUGCCAUAGUUGCCAUUGCCAUGGCGUCCUCCACCUUGGCUCUCGACUUCCUCCGCCGCCUACUCUGCGCGCACGCCGCCGCCGGCAAUGCGGGCGGCGGCGACGACGACGGUGCGGUGGUGGUGCAGGUGCAGGUACAGCAGGAGGAGGGGAUGAGCCCCUGCGUCGUGGCCAGGCUGAUGGGGCUCGACGCAAUGCCGCCGCCGCCGCCGGAGACGGAGUGCCAGCCGCUGCGGCGGCAGCGGCGGAGGAGGAGGAGCAGGUCGGUGAGCUCGGCGGAGGGGUGGCCGCCGCCGCCGGCGCCGUACUUGAAGGAGGAGGGCGACGAGUUCAUCGUCCUCAGCUUCAGCCCGGAUGCCGCUUCUCGCCACGACAAUGGCGAACCCGACGGCAAGAGCGGACACGUCGGAGCCAAGAAACAGAGCGGUGGCUGCCCCCGCCGCAAGCUGCACUACGGCGGCGACGACGACGACGACGAGGCGCAGCAUCCCGGCCACGGCAGGAGGAGAGCGGCGGCGACAGAGCGCGGCAUGCCGAGCUCAAGCCCGGUGUCGGUGCUGCACGCGCAGCACUCGUCGUCGUCGUCGUCGUCGUCGUCCACGACGACGACCACCACCACCACCACCACGUCGUCGUGCUCGUCGGAAGAAGUGGGGCCGAGCUCGCCGUCGCCUACCUCAGAAGAAAUUCGGCUUGCAAACAAUCAACAGAGCUCAAGGAGGAAGCUGCAACCCGAUUUCAACGACGAUCUCGACAACCCGUUAUCUCCUGAAACUAGCAGUUGCCAUGUCUCAAAAUGUUCAGAAAGUGGGAUGAGGAACAGGAGUGUGAUGAACAAGUCUGAGGUGUUCAUCCCGGGUGUGUCUGGCACUCUGCAGUUCAUCUGCAGGCUGGUUGAGGAAGAUCUGAACAGCGUGAUAUGGUUAACUAGUGAUUCUGAGAACAUUGCAGCUGACAUGGUCUCUGAGAUUCUUGAUCAGCUCACAUCUGAGACAGCUGAUGAACUCAUGCAGACAGGUUCUGAAACUGUACAUUCUUCACCUGGCCGCCUCAUCUCCAUGAAACAUCCAAGCUUCAGGGUUGAUCGAAAUAUGCAGGCAAUUCGAAGCAACUGAACAAUCUCAAGCUCUCAACAACAUGAGGAGAAGAUUGGAGAAUUGUAGCAGAGACAACAGGUUCAGAAAAUCUCGAGCCCGAAUAUGCAAUGAAAUUAAUUCUCUCCUUUCAAGGCUGUAACCAUAUGCUAGUAAUAUGCAGUGAAAUUGUACAUGUUUACUUUAACUCCAUGUACAAGCAUAAACCUAACAACAUGUAUAUUAGUUAGUUGAUGUAAAUUAGCACAUGUGUUUUCACUCUAUGGUUCAUAUUAGUUGACAAAGAUUGGUAGUAACUUGAUCAAUUUUCAGCUUCACCAACUGCAGUAAACCCUGUCUGUCUCCAUCAGAAGUACAUAUAAAAUAAUCUGUUUCCUGAUUCUA